AUGGGGGGACCCUCAUCCAGUGCCCCCACAGGUCCCAGUGCUCUGCGGCUUACUGGGGGCCAGAGCCGGUGCGAGGGCCGUGUGGAGAUGGAGGAGGAUGGUGCAUGGGGCACAGUGUGUGAUGAUGGAUGGGACCUGACCGAUGCCGACGUCGUGUGCCGGCAGCUGCGGUGCGGCCGUGCCGUGAGCGCCCAUGGUGAUGCUGCCUAUGGCCGAGGCAAUGGAUCCAUCCUUCGGGAUGAGAUGGGAUGCGAGGGACACGAGGAGCACCUUUGGGAAUGCCCAGCGGUGCGGGAGCAUGACUGUUCCCAUAAGGAGGAUGCUGGUGUGGUGUGCUCAGGAGGAUGGGAUGGAGCCUUUGGGGUAUGCCAUUGGGAUGCAUCCCUGCAUCCAGCUCCCUGUAUCCCUACAGAGCAUCACCAGUGGCGGCUGUCGGGAGGCCGGGACGGCUGUGCCGGCCGGUUGGAAGUGCUGUUCCGUGGCACAUGGAGCACUGUAUGUGACAGUGCCUGGUACCAGCUGGAGAGCAGGGUCCUGUGCCGCUCGCUGGGCUGUGGGGCACCGCUCAGCACCAUUGCCUAUGGGCACACGCUGCCCUCGAGGAUGUUCUACAAGUGCGAGAGCCUGCAGCCAUCGCUGGCCUAUUGCCACUGGGUGUUCAAUAAGUCAUCCCCAUGUUACCAGUCCCGGGCGGUCGGGGUCAUCUGCAAUGGCUCAUUGGGUUUGCAGGCACCCACCCCUAUGGCAACGGUGACACCGAACACCACGGUCCUGCGAGCGGAUGGAGGCUCCUGGGAUGCAGGAUCCGGGUCCCUUCUGUACGUGCCCCUCUUCAUCCCCUGCAUGGUGCUGGCAGUGCUGCUCCUGCUCACCGUGGUGGCCUUCACCACUGCCCUGCUGCGGGUGAGGAAGAGGAGCGCCCAUCCUGUAUCCUCCCUUGGGCUCUCUGGACCGGUCCUGGUGACCCACAGCUCCCAGCACCACGAUGUGGCCUCCAAUGACUAUAGGGAGAUGCCCCCAAGCGUUCCCAAAGGAUCAGCCCUUCCCGAGGAUUCCGACUCUGAUUCCGACUAUGAACACUAUGACUUCAGCAGCAAACCCCCCGUGGCCCUAUCCACCUUCCACAAUUCCCUGCGCCGGCAGCCCCGGGAGCAGCUCCUGCUGAUGCCCAACAGGGAUGGGAUGGAGCCGGUCCCUGAGGAGGCACUAGCCAGGCCAGGAUCCAUAUCCCAUGGCAGCACCUCCACCUCUUCAUCCGUGUCCAUGGAGCCCUAUUGCAACGGCACCGUGUCCCCAUCGGUCUGUAUGGGGCACCCCGACAGCAGCACCCAUUGGCACAUGGCACCCACUGCCUACGGCUGCACCGGCUCCGCUAUCGCCAGCCAUGGAGGAGCUGCCCCGAGCACUGGAGACCCCAGCCUGCGGCUCACGGGUGGUGGGUGCCGCUGCUCCGGGAUGCUGGAAGUGAACUGGGAUGGCAAAUGGAGCCGCGUGUGCCAGGAUGCUGUGACUGGAGCCGGUGCCGAUGCCAUGUGCUGGAGGCUGGGCUGUGGUCCCCCCAUCACCAAACCCCUCCGGGUUGUGCUCACCAAUGGGAAGGAGCCACACAUGGAUCCGCUGCGGUGCCGGCUGCUGGAGGAUGCUCCAAUGGGAUGCGUUUGGGAGCCGGCAAACUGCACGGAGCACGCGGUCCUUGCCUGCAGCGAGCCAGCCAAAACCACCCCGGAGCCUCCUCCGAGCACCACCCCAGAGCCCACCGGCCCCCCCCGCCUGCGCCUGGUGGACGGUGACACCGGAUGCUCCGGUUUCCUGGAGCUGCACCGAUCCGGUACAUGGGGCUCCGUGUCGGGGGAACGGAGCAUCCCUGCGGCGCUGGCCGAGCGGCUGUGCGGAGCCCUGCGCUGCGGCAGCGCCCGGAGCGGCUCCGCUCCGCCCCGGGGCCGUCCGCCCCCAUUGCCGGUGCGCUGGGAGCUGCGGGAGGGCUGCGGGAGCGGAUCCGUCCUCGAUUGCUUCCAUGGGAGCAGCGGCAGGAGACGGGAGCAGGCGGCGUUCAUCCGGUGCUCCGACUCCCAGCCCAAGGCCCUGCGGAGGUUGGCAUCCGGCCCCACACCAUGCGAAGGGAACAUCGAGGUCUUCCAUAGGAACCAAUGGCGGGUGCUGUGCCACAACAGGACCCUACGGGCGCAGUGGGGCAGGGAGCUGUGCCAGGAGCUGCGCUGCGGGAACCUCUCAUCCAGCACUGAAAUCCGGGACCCCCCUUCCAUGGGGGUCACUUGUGGGGUGCCCGACCUGCACCUCUGCCCCCUUAGCGACACCCCAAGCUGCUCUAGGAUCGCGGUGGUCUGCCAGGACUCAAAGCCGCAUCCCCCUGGCAUGGCUGCGGGUACCAUUGGGAGCAUCUGCCUGGCCCUGCUGCUCCUCAGCAUCCUCAUGCUCCUCUGUGGUCCCCCUGCUUACAGGAGGCUGAUGAAGAGAAUGUCCAGGAGGAAGCAGCGCCAAUGGAUCGGACCCACAGGACUCAAUCAGACGGUUUCCUUCCACCGCAACAGCACCAUCACCCAGCGGCCCCGGGCAGAGGGGCAGUGGGUGCAGGGGGGGGACAACGACUACGCUCACCCCCCCCAGAAGACCCCAUACACCUCAGAGUACCCAGCCCUGGAAGGAGCUCUGCACCCAUCCAACCCUCCGGAUAACUCAUCGGAUAGUGACUAUGACCUGCAGUGUGCGCGCAGAGUGUGA